AUGACACAAAGUCUCACUCCACCGUUGAGCAACGGCUCAACGUCCAGCUCAAAUGAUAGCCCAGGUGAGCUAGCACCUGCCUACGAAUUCACCGACUCUGCUACUCCUGCACCUGGUCCUUCCGGCGAGGUCGACCGCAUUGCCUCUAUACUGGCCAACGCCUCCCUCAAGAUCUGCGAUGGACCCGGCCUGGCGCCUCACGAGCGUAAAGAGCUUGAAAAGGCCAUCAGCGAAGGCGUUCGAAUCGGCUACAGAAAUGUCAAAAAGCAGCUCUGCACCCUCGAUCAGCUCAAAGACCAUCUCAAGCUUCUCGACGUCUUUGAUCGACUACGUCAGGCUGUUCAUGACGGCACCGAGUACUUUGACUAUCCCACUUGCCACCAAGAUGCAGGUCACAUCGACGAGCCCGGCAUCCAGGCACCCCCUCCACCCUACCAUCCAGUUGCGGAGCCACUCCAACCUAUCAGCUCCAAGACGGGUCACCGCCCGACUCAGCAGGAAGCUGAUGAGGCUCAAGCCGAGAUGAGCCAGCAGCUCCUCCGAGAACGUCGUUGGAACAUCUAUCUCAAUCGCGCUGCUUACCGUCUCGAGCUCUAUUGCACCAAUGUGCUCGCUUCUGAACCGCUCGCUACCUACUAUAACACGGUGCUCAAACCAAAACGUGCUCAGGAUCGGCCUGACCACCAAAAUACCCUUCUUGAAGGCUUUGAGCUUCCCGACUUUGCCCUUCCACCUAUCGAUGUUGCACUUAUGCUUCACGCUUACCAUCUCAACCCGCUCCGCAAGGAAGAAGAUUCGCAACGCCUUCGCAGCCGAUUCUCCCUCUCCUUGUUCGACUAUCCGCUUCAUCAGCUCGCCAAGCGCAUUCAUCCAACUCUUCCCAUUUUCAACGACGUCGAGCUAGCAAAGGCCUACUGGCUCGAAUCUAUCACCACCCAGCGCUCCAAGCAGCCAUGGGAUCUCUGCCUGCAACCGCCUCCCGGCCCUCCUACCAACGCCCAGGAGACGCACGGCGGUACCAUCUUUGGUCUUCGGAUCGAGUGCCCUCGCUGCUCAGCGCCUCAAUACAUCCCCUGGACCGGCGUUGGCGACCGGCCGAACCAAGUCGGCAUUGGCGAAACCGGCUGGGAGCGCCUUUGCACCAACACCACCAACUGCGCCCAACCCAUCACUGCCGACCAUCUCCAGAUGCGUCGCUUCCUCAACGACUAUACAGUUUGGCGAAGAUCGCCUGGUCGACCCAAUGCCGAAAGAGGUGUCUUUUUUAUGGCCGGCACCAUGCUCGGCGACACGGACAAGAAACGCCCCUCCCAAGACUACUUUGGAGAGGCCCUCCUCCUGCCCAUAUUCCGCCACGAGAAACCCAGUCAAGCUGGUCACACAAGAUUUCACAAUCCUACAAAUUGGAAACACCUACUGGAAAUCAACAAUGUGGCCGCUCGGUGCGACUACAGUAUGACCGCCUUCCGUCGGUGGUUCGAGGAACGCUGGCUGAGUUCCGCCGUCCAGCCCAUGAUCAAGAUGCCCCAACACAAGGCACAGCAGAUGACACGCAUUGCUAUACUCAUGCGCUGCUACCAGAACGGUAAUGCUGCCGCGUACGGCGAAGGCCUCUGUGACGUCGUCGAUGCAGUCAAGCGCCAAACGAGCUUCAACAUCGAGAUGGAGAAGCUCGGAUGGUCCAAACACCAUCAUCUCCUAGACCAGGGUGUGCUAGAUGACGUCCUUUCUCGUAGCUUGAUUCGCUACAGCAAAUUUAUGGACUUGAUGGCGUCCACUCACACGCUGCUCACGCCAACGCUCGAUAUCGAUCUCUGCUGGCACACACACCAGCUACAAGCUCGUUACUACGACCAAACUUUCGACAUCGUUGGCCGCUUCAUCAACCACGACGACGCCAUCGAGACGGGAAUUCUCAAAGAUGCCUUUGACCGCACUGCCGCGCUCUGGAAGCAACGUUACAGUCAGCCUUACUCGCUCUGCGGCUGUGUGUACAACAAUCCGGGAGCCAUAAAAAAGCUCAAGGCUCUGCUCGGCAGUAGUAACAGCGGUGCCGUUGUUGAUUCAUCCGAAGCAACUUCAGGAUUCACGAAGCGCCUAAAGGGAAAGUGGCGAGCCUCAAAGGCACUUCCAGGCGACGAGCGGGACGACGCAGCCAUCUGGCAGGACGCCACUCAUCCCAGUGCCCACUCGGCUGUGAUUGUCAAAGAGGAGGAGCACCGUCAUGACAGGCUUCGUGAAGAGAUGGUCAAGGAGUGGGCACGGGCGAAGCGCCGAGAAGGCCACGAAAGUGCAUUUGUGUUCGGAUACAACACUCCCGGUCUGUAUCCGUUUUACUACAGCCCACUUUACAACACCCACUAUGUCAGCCGAGGAUCGACUGGCGAUGCUACUCUUGAUGCUUACAGCAAAUAUGGUGUCUACGGACUGUCAACCAUCACUGUUAAUGGCGCGGGAAGCUUGAUGGCUAGUACUGCGUUUGCCGCCGGCGUUGGAUGCGGUGGCGGUGGUGGAGGGUGCGGGGGUGGAGGCGGAGGAGGGGGGUGUGGCGGUGGUGGUGGUGGUGGCGGCUGCUAA